AUUGGAACUGUGUCAAAAAGUGUUGUGUUCGGAUGAGAAAGUGUAAAAUUAUUUAACCAAAGUAUUUCGUGCAAAUAAAUUGCAUUUAGCCCUUAAAAAGGCAUCAAAAAACAUUCACACCGAAAGCCUUUGCAAAUAUCUAACAAACAAUUACUCUUCCACCAUCCAAAAGUAGCUUUAUUCAGGUUUUCUUCAAGAAAAUUGUUAACAAGAAAAAAGAACCUUAUCCAUCUUCUCCUAACCAAAGUGUGAUUUGUGCGUGGUGUGGUGAAAAUCAAAAAAUCUUGGUACUACUGUCGUCGUAGUCGCUUUUCCCCUCUCUUAUUGCGUUUUAGAGCAAAAAUUUUAUUAAAAAAAAAAGAAAAAGAAAUAAUUCAUCUCUGUCUGAUCCAUCCUUGUUCUUGUUGUGGCCCUUGGCUCUUGCUUGUGACUCCAAAAAAAUUGUGGAGUUCCUUUAAAAUAUAUAUUAUUACCUGCAAAUAAAAAAGUUGCAAAUUCCUUGAGAAUUAUUGUGUAUUAUGGAUGAGGAUUGGAUUGGACGUGCUGUUUCAAUAAAAUGCGACGACAAGCUGGGCGUCUUCCAAGGCAUGAUCAAAGACAUCUGUGUCGAGCACAUAACCAUCAUACGUGCUUUCCGCAAUGGAGUCCCGUUGCGAAAGCAAGAUGCCGAAAUUACUCUAAGGGCACAAGAUAUCCUUGAUAUCAAGUUGAUACCGUCAUUCAACGGCCAAAGUACUGUAACGCCAACUGUGAUCAAUAAGCCAACGCCAGUGAAGCAGCCUAAUUUCGCCAGCGCCCCCACAUCAGCCGCCUUCGAAGGCAACAAUGGCCCUGUGAAUGGUGUUGGUAGUUUAAGAGAGAGCCAUUCGGCUCUGACCAAUAAAAUCUCGAAUAUGAAGAUUGCCAAUGGACAUAGAAAAACGCCAACGUCAGAGAGGUUUCCAAAAGCUCCCACCGUCAGUUCAAGCAAUAUGAAUGGCAUAACAUCCUUAAUAGGCGCUGCCAACGCUUCCACAUCAUCGUCAACAGUAACCAAUGGCACUACCAACACCAGAACGCCGCCAACAACUAACAGUGUAGCGCAAUUUUUUGGCAAUUUAAUACCACCGAAAGUAGAAGUACGCAUGGGAACCUCAUUUGCUGCAACAACCACACCAGAAAGUUUCGGCAGCAUGAGUAAACCCAUAGACAUAGUAAAUGCCAAUCGAUCAGCAUCGGUAAAUAAUAAUCCAAGUUGUUCUCUCAAUGGAAAUGGCAAUGGCAAUGGAAAUGGUAUUAUAGCUGCUACUGCUCCUGUUGGUGGAAAUGCAAACGGGGGGAAACUUAAUCGUGUUAAUUUUAAUAAACAACGAAAGAAAUGCCGUCGCGAAGGUAGUCUGAAACAGAAUCAGACCUUCGGAACGUCCGUCGAUGAUCCCAUUAUGAAUGAAGACUUCGAUUUCGAGGGAAAUCUAGCUUUGUUUGAUAAGCAGGCUUUGUGGGAUGUACUUGAGGCCGAACAGAAGCCAGACUUGGUUCGGCAGGCGGUUUCAGUGCAGGACAAGAAAUAUCGCCACGAUGAAAAUAUUUUAGAGGGAGCACCUUUACAGCUGCGUCAGAUUGAAACUAUGUUUGAUAAUUCUACAGAUUUUGUAACAGAUGAAGGUCUUAUUGUUCCAACUAUACCAAGCUUCGUACGCUUGAAGAUCGAACAGACUGCUGAAGCUUGUGGUUUGUCUAUUCAACGCCAAAAUGAUAUUUUGGCAAGAGGCACAACUGAUUUAGCCAUUCUCUUGCUGGGCGGGGCAAGAAGGCUAACGCCAAACAAUUGCCAUCAAUGGCCAACGAUUGCAAUUAUUUGUGACAAGUCAAAAAAUUUUAGAGUUAGCGAAAUUGGUGCUGCGACAGGACGUCAAUUGGCAUCACAUGGCCUCAAGGUUCUUCUUUAUUUGCAAGAAGAUCCAAGCAUUGAAAGAACCAGUACUGAAGUUUUACUUUUUAAGGCAACUGGCAACACAAUUGUUUACUCAGUUGAUGCUUUACCAACUCCUGAUCUUGUGAUAUUGUCGACUUGUUGUGAAAAUUUGUCGUCAAGUGUUACAAAAUGGUUGAAGGAAAACCGAGCUUCAAUUCUCGCUAUCGAUCCACCACGGAAUGGCAUUCGUGACGUACCAAUUAAGUACUCAAUACUCCCAACACUACCGCUCAAUGGCAUAUCAACGAACUGUGGCAAAUUGUAUCUUUGCAAUCUAGGAAUUCCAGAUAAAUUUUAUCGCGACGCUGGCAUCAAGUACAAAAGUCCAUUUGGACACAAAUUUGUGAUACCCAUUCACAUGAAGGACUGAAAUAGUUUUGACAAAAAAUUAAAAUAUGUUAACGAAAAGAAAAACAAACAAAAUUAGAAAUAUUUUCCACAAGCAAAACAAAAAACAAAAACAAAAUAAUAAAAGCACACACGCUCUCAUCCCUUAAACAAAAAACAAAAACAAAAAUUAACAAUCACUGCAUACAAAUUUAAAACAAAAUCUAUAGUCCAAUUUAUUUUUUAUCAAAAGAAGAAAAAAGAGAAAAUUGUUUUGAGUAUUUUUUUAAGUUUAAAUUUGAAUUUUUCUUCAUUUUUCAUAAAUUAAUAACUAAAAAAAAAAACAAGCAACAUUUUGUUGUAAUUUUUGUAUUUAUCUCUCUCUCUCUUUUUCUCUGUUGUAAAUCUAUCGUUUGACUAAUAAUAUUAUAUCCUUUAAUCCUUUUUAUUUUAUAUAAUUUUUCUUCUUGGCCAAAAUGCAUUUUAUAGAAUUGUAUAUUAUUGUUAAAUUAUUUAAGCUAAAGAGAGAUAAUUGAUUAUUUUUUCAACAUUAUUUUCUUUUAUUAAUUUUGUAUGUUUUCUUUAUUUUACCUCCUUUAAGUUUAUUUCAUGGAAAUCCUUUUUGUUUUUGUUCUGUUUUUUUUUUAUAUACUCACAUGCCUUUCUGACAAAAAGAAAAACAACAAAACACUCAUAAAUGUAAGCAUUUCCUGUUGAACAAAACAAAAACAAACCAAAAUUAAGAGAAAAAAUUUGUUAUUAAUAAUAACGUAUACAUUUUUGUACUAAAUAAUAUUUUGAAGAAAAGACAGAUGAAAAAAGAUUGUUAAUGAAUGUAUGUGAGAAGGUUUAUAAACAACAAAAAUAAUUACUUAAAAACAAACAACAAAACAAAAUCAAACAAAACCAAUCAAAUUUAAUAAAAAAAUAAAAACAAGACCUUCUCAUAUUGGAAACGAAAAGAAAAAAAUGUUUAAAUUUA